AUGGCAGGGGAAGCAGCUCUGCGCGCGGCCACUCCGCGAAGAGAUAGUUCAGCAGCGCCUACCGUAGCCGACGUUAACGGAUGGAGGCCUACAGCUCUUCCUUCGAAACUGUCAACGCCAAUUGAGCCUAUUACCAAGGCCAAUGAAGCGUCCAAGGCGUGGAAUACCCGCAAUCUGGGAUUGAGGUUGGGUGCCGACUUUGCGGCCGCUGCGAGUGCCGGAGUGCUCGUUGCGCCUAUCAUUACGGCGAUUGACCGUGGCAUCAUUGAGAAUGCCUCUGGCCGCAAUACUCUAGGAGCCUCCCUCAGAUCCUCCCUCCGCACCCUUGUCCUCAGACCGCACGCCUUCAUCUUCUCGAAGCCGUUCGCCCUGAUCUUCACCCUCUACACCGGCACCUACCUCACAGCCAACACCCUCGACACCACCCUCAGCACGACCCACAACCACCCCGCGGCCCACACCACCUCCGGCGCCCCCAAAUUCCUCGCAACUUCCAGCGCCAACCUAGCCCUCUGCCUCUACAAAGACAGCCGCUUCACCCAGCUCUUCGGCGCCGCCUCGCCGCGCCCCGUGCCUCUCCCCACCUACGCGCUCUUCACGAUCCGCGACUGCCUGACCAUCUUCGCCUCGUUCAACAUCCCGCCGCUCCUCGCGCCGCACAUCGAGUCCCGCCUGCUGCCGAAGCUGGGGGAGGGCGUGAGGAGGAACAUUGGCGCGGCCAGCGCGGCGCAGUUUGUGGCGCCCGCAGCGGUGCAGCUGGUCAGCACGCCGUUGCAUUUGCUGGGGCUGGGGUUGUAUAAUGAGCCGAGGGCGACGUGGGGGCAGAGGAUGAGGAAGGUGGGGAGGGAGUGGGGGAUUAGCUGUUUAGCGCGGAUGGCGAGGAUUGUGCCGGCGUUUGGGGUUGGUGGGGUUGUGAAUAUGAGGGUUAGGAAGAGAUUGAUGGGAGGAUUGGAGUAA